AUGAACGCCGAGGACCGAUGGCUCAGCGACGUGGAACGGGAUGCCAGUCCCGAGAGGUUCCACGCCCAGUCAGCCUCGACUCCAGGCGCAGGAGAGACGCGGGAUCCCGCGGCCACAUUGGAGAGACAUGAACCAAUGGAGCGAACGGUAACAGCGAUGAGCUCGUCCACUUCAAGCUCGUUAUCGUCUGGCAUUCCCAACGAGCGGCGAGAGACGACCAUGUCGAGAACAGCGACCCAGGCCGACCUCGAAAGACAUCCUACCGCUUUGAGCAGAAUUCAGACAGGUCGAAGUCAACACAGUGGAACAGUUGGGGCAAGUCUUCGCUCUCGGACAGCUACACGACACAGUAGGACAGCUCUGCCAGCCUUCGGAGCAGGCAAGCCCUAUCCACCCAACUUGCCAGACCGAGAGGAGUACGUCGUGGAAUUUGAUGGGCCAGACGACCCUUUACAUGCGCACAAUUGGCCCCUCAGGAAGAAACUGCCUGUGACCAUCGUGCUGGGUUAUGUCACCCUGACGGCAGCAUUUGGCUCUUCCAUUUUCUCAACAGCUACUGGAGCGAUUGCGACCCAAUUCGAUCUCUCGAGGGAGGUAGGUAUUCUCGGCGUGUCGCUAUAUGUCCUCGGAUUUGCCACUGGACCUAUACUAUGGGCUCCUUUCAGUGAACUCUACGGACGCAAGGCCCCUUUGCUCAUCUCGUCAUUUGGAUUCUCCAUCUUCAAUCUCGCAGUGGCUGUUGGGAAAGACGCCCAGACAGUCUUCAUCUGCAGAUUCUUUUCUGGAUUCUUUGGAGCUUGUCCUUUGACAAUCGUCGGCGCUGUCUUUGCAGAUAUGUUCUCCAACCGUCAGCGUGGCUUAGCCAUAACAGUAUUCAGUAUAGCCGUCUUUGCAGGUCCACUGCUCGCGCCAUUCAUUGGCGGCUUCAUCGUUGACAGCUAUCUUGGUUGGCGAUGGACCGAGUGGAUUACUAGUUUCAUGGGCUUUCUCGGUCUUGGACUCUUGUUGAUCUUCCUGGAAGAGACAUAUGCGCCCGCGCUUCUGGUGUCUAAAGCCGCGGAUUUGCGACGUCGAACAAAGAACUGGGGCAUACACGCUAAGCAAGAAGAAAUUGAGAUUGAUCUCCGCGAACUUAUCGAGAAGAACUUGUCACGACCCAUGAGAAUGCUCUUCACCGAACCCAUCGUCUUCCUCCUUUCAAUCUACAUGGCCUUCAUUUACGGCCUCCUCUAUCUCUUCCUCACAUUCUACCCAAUCGUCUUCCAGCAAAUCUACGGCUUCUCUCCCGGCGUUGGUGGUCUCCCCUUCUUCGGCAUGAUCCUGGGUGAAAUAUUCGCAGGAAUUUUCAUGAUCAUCCUCCAACCAGCCUACAACCGGAAACUAGCCGCGAAUAAUGACGUGCCCAUUCCCGAAUGGCGUCUACCUCCAGUGAUUGUGGGUGGCGUAUCGUUUGCUAUUGGCCUUCUCUGGUUCGGCUGGACAGGUUUCCGCUCCGACAUCCACUGGAUCGCGCCCACCCUCUCGGGCAUAGCGACGGGAUUCGGCCUCUUGACCAUUUUCCUGCAAUGUCUCAACUACCUCAUCGACGCCUACCUCGUCUUCGCCGCCUCAGCCAUUGCAGCCAACACUUUCCUCCGAUCGCUCGCGGGUGCCGGGUUUCCGUUAUUCGCGACGCAAAUGAUCAAUGGAAUGGGAGUGCAAUGGGCGGGAACGUUGCUGGGUUGUUUGGCGUUUGCGUGUGUACCUAUGCCUGUGUGGUUUUACUUGAGAGGGUCCAAGAUUCGAGAGAAGAGUCGAUUUGCGACGACGUUUCCGGUCGCUAGUGCGGCGGCGCAGGAUGCGAGUAGUUUGAGUGAAGAGAAGGUGGAAUGA